CGGCGCAGUUCCCGUUCCUGUGGCUGUUCCCGUUCCCCUCGGGCAGGGCCGGGCGGCGGCCGCGUCUCGUCCUCGCUGCCCCCUCCUCCCCCUGCCUCGCAGUGGUCGGCGCCCGUGGCGGGGAGGGCGGGGAGGGAGCGCGGCGCCGCCGCAUGCGUCGCUGAUGGAGCCGGGCUCGGGGCUGCCGCAGCGCAGGGCGGGGGGCGGCGGGCUGGACCUCGGGGCGGGCUCGGCGGCGGGGUCGCCGGCGCUCUCGGGGGGGCAGUCCCGCCGUAGGAAGCAGCCGCCGCGCCCGGCCGACUUCAAGCUGCAGGUGAUCAUCAUCGGGUCGCGGGGGGUGGGCAAGACCAGCCUCAUGGAGCGAUUCACCGACGACACCUUCUGCGAGGCCUGCAAGUCCACCGUGGGUGUUGAUUUUAAAAUCAAAACAGUAGAGCUAAGAGGAAAGAAAAUUAGAUUACAAAUCUGGGACACAGCAGGUCAGGAGAGAUUCAACAGCAUUACCUCAGCUUAUUACAGAAGUGCCAAGGGAAUUAUUUUGGUGUAUGAUAUCACCAAGAAGGAAACAUUUGACGAUUUACCAAAAUGGAUGAAAAUGAUUGAUAAGUAUGCUUCAGAAGAUGCAGAGCUUCUAUUAGUUGGAAAUAAACUGGACUGUGAAGUUGAUCGAGARAUUACUCGGCAGCAGGGAGAGAAGUUUGCACAGCAAAUAACUGGGAUGCGGUUCUGUGAAGCAAGUGCCAAGGAUAAUUUUAAUGUGGAUGAAAUAUUUCUAAAACUUGUUGAUGACAUUCUGAAAAAGAUGCCACUGGAUGUUAUAAGAAAUGAGUUGUCCAACAGUAUCCUGUCCCUGCAACCAGAGCCAGAAAUCCCACCAGAACUGCCUCCUCCAAGGCCACAUGUCCGUUGCUGUUGACUUGUUACUUCCUACAGAGUGAAAAAUAGGAGCAGGAGGGUAAAGAAAGUAUCUGUACUACUCUGCACUACAAUCAUUUGGCAGUUUCUCGUUGCACUUUGUUAUUCGAGUCAGAGCUACACACUAACUUGUAAAUAUGCAAAUAUGCAAUCCUAUGUAGGAUUCAACUAUAACAUUUAAUUAUUACCCCUCUCCCUCACAAUGAUGUUUCGUUCAUUGCCCCAGUGUUAUAUAUACUGUACAGUUGGUGGGGGUUUGCCACACAUCCAGUUGAGGAGGAGGAAAAAUUAAAUCUAUACCUAUUCUUGACAUAAAUGUUGUAAUAGUUCUUUGUUAUUAUAAACAGGCAGGCAGAAGCUCUUCUGGUAUGAAGAUAAGUAUAUGGUGCUUUGCUAACUAUUUUAAAGACAAUUUUUUUAAAAACAGAGGACUUUAUGUACAAAGCUUCCAUAAUCAGCAUUAUGUUUCCUUUUAAUGUAGUGAAAACAUUUUUGGCUGUAGCAUCCUCUGCUGACUGGAUUUAUUGAAAAGCUAAGUUUAAAUUUUGGCAGUAUUUUAUUUAUUUUCUUUUAUACUGCACCCUUUCUUUGUGUACCAAGACAUCACAUCUGGUGCAGAUCUGAGAUUGCACUUUGAAAUAGCAUAUAAAAUUUUCUGCAUAAACAUAAAUUUGGUUACAAGAAUCAUUAAGUUUUAAUAAAAGAACGGAGAUAUAUUCGAGCUCUAAAAUAAGGUAUAAAAAUCAAUGCUGCUGUCCUAGACAAAUUCUUGGGGAAAAAAAAAAAAAAAGAAAAUUAAGAUGAUACAUUUUCCUGUGUUAAGGAAUAUAUAUGUGUAUUUUUGUCUGGACAUCUGUAGGGUCAGGGGGAAGGGAACCUGAGGUAAAAUUAUUUUCUUUCCUAAUGGUGGAAAUUAUUCCCAUCAAGCAAAUACUGUGUUAGGAUUUUGUCUGAUAAUGAACUUGUGAAUUAUAUCUUUGGUAUAUCUUUUUGUUAAAUGCACUGUUUAGUUUAGCUGUGGUAAAUCAGUAGAUACAUAUUUGAAUAACUUGGUGUGUCCUGAAUGUUGUGGUAUUGAAAAAACAUUGUGGUCUUUCUAAACUAAUGAAGUGCAAAUAAAAUUUUGUAUUUAUGAA